AUGGCCAUAGAUCUUAUAAGAUACAUAAAUUCAUACAAACUGCCCUCGAUUAUGACAUUAUACCCUUCUGCUUUUAUGCUUAUUCGACAUAGAAAGCUAUUUUUAGCGCUAAAGCAGCAUUUUAAGAAACAAAAUAACUUAUAUACCUUCUGGUCUGGUAAGGUUACAAAGAAAUCUGAAUUUCUGUGUGUUAUCUCUGAGGUUCAGGCUACUGUAUAG